AUGCGGAUCUCGCUCAAGCUUCUGCUUGUAGUUGUGGUCAUUGCCGCAUUGGCUUUCACGCCCACCGACGCGUGCUCGCGCCAGGCGACGCCGUCUGUUCAGGAGGGUUGCUACGCCAAGCUCCCUGCGGCGAUCUACGUCGACAUGGAGAUGUUCAAGAUCGAUAACCCCGAGGACUGCGCGUGUGGCGUUGCGGUCAAGAACCAGCAGGGCACCAUCUCGGCGUCUGUGCCGGAUCAGAACAACGCCGGUGCGACUGUGGUCAAGCCGUUUGACUUCCACGAUGCCGACAUCCAGCAUGUUGAGUUCAUCGUGUGGGACAUUGAGAACGGUGUCAAGCUCCGGACGCUCGACAAGUUCAACCUUGCUCCGUCGAUCAACGUCAAGGACUACGUCCGGACGCUGCUCAUCGACGCCGCGUCUGCGGUCGACAUGCUUGCCGGCUUCUACGGCAAGGUCAACGACUUUAACCCGGCGGACUGGAUCCUCAACGCUUCGCGCGAGGUGACGUUCAUCUGCUUCACGACGGUGACGUCGUACUACGAGCGGUCGGGUGACAUCAACGUGUGCAACAAGGAGGGUGUUGCUGACGAGUUUGGCGGUGUGCCGCCGUGCUCUAACCAGGGCCUCCUUGAUCUGCCGGACGAGGACUACGUGCGCGAGCACGGCGUCCACCCCAAGCGUGUCUUCCAGCCUGUGCAGACGCCGCAGUUCACGUACGACAUUGCUGCUGGCUCGGCCACCGAUGGUGGCACGAACGGUGGUGGUUCGCACCCUGUCUCGUGGUUCGGCUCGACGAUGACCGGCCCGGGCACGUGCCAGACCUCUGCCGACUGCUCGCGGUCGUACCACUGCGAUCUCGGCACGAACACGUGCCAGCAGUGCAUCCGCGACUCGCAUUGCGCGGCGAUUGUGGGUGAGGUCGAUGGCCUCCUCCAGCCGACUUGCGUCUCCAACCACGGCCUCCGCCUCUGCCAGUUCGCCGUUGUUCUCGGCGCCGCUCCGUCGCCCAACGCCAUCCUCCCCGAGCCGCUCCAGACCUGCCCGGAGCAGUGCGAUGGCGCGUACUGCCUUGAUGGCGAGUGUGUCCACUGCCGUGAGCCGAACGACUGUGAGCUUAUGUUCUCGCCGUCGUCGACGUACGCCAAGAUCUGUAACGAGACGCUCGACGCUUCGACGCAGAAGGCUGUGCAGAAGGAGUGCAACUACUACUUCCUCCCGCCGCAGCAGGCCAAGAACAAGGAUCUGACCACCAUCAUCGGCCUCUCGGCCGCCGUUGAUGCCCUCCCCGUCAACCUGGGCGACGUCAAAGCCGCCCUCGCCCGUGUCCGGCCGCACGUCCACCACACGCCCGUCCUGACCUCGUCGGCCCUGUCGGCAGCUGCUGGUGUAGAGCUCUUUUUCAAGACAGAGGCCAUGCAGAAGACGGGCUCUUUUAAAAUCCGCGGCGCAACGAAUGCGCUUGCCUCUGCCGAUCCUCGCCCGCCUGCGGUCGUCACACACUCGUCGGGCAACCAUGCGCAAGCGCUGGCGGCCGCUGCGCAGGCUCUCUCCAUUCCGGCGUACAUUGCCAUGCCCUCGACCGCGCCCAAGAUCAAGAUGAUGGCGGUGAAGGAGACGUACCAAGCAAACGUGGUCGAGUGCGAGCCGACAGGCGCGGCGAGGGCGGCGACGGCUGCGGCGCUUGUCGAAGAGCACAGCGCUCUGUUUGUCCAUCCUUCGGAUGAUGUGGCGGUCAUUGCCGGCCAGGGCACCCUGGCGCUGGAGCUGCUGCUGGACGACAUGCCGGCUGCCGGCGCGACGCUUGAUGCGCUAGUGGUGCCUGUCGGCGGCGGUGGGCUCAUCUCGGGCGUCUCUGUUGCCGCAAAGGGCCUGCAGCCGCACAUCAAGGUGCUCGGCGCCGAGCCAGCGGCCGCCGACGACGCGGCGCGGUCGCUGGUGGCAGGCGAGCGGCUCGGCCACGAGACCGAGCCUGUGACAACAGUUGCCGACGGGCUCAAGACCACGCUGGGCCCGAACACCUGGGCCAUUGUCUCCAACCUUGUCGACCACAUCUUCACCGUGCCGGAGGACGCAAUCAUUGCCGGCAUGCGGAUGGUGUGGGAGCGGAUGAAGGUCGUCAUCGAGCCGUCGGCCGGCGUCGGUGUCGCGGUUGUGCUCUCGGACGAGUUCCGCGCCUACGCUGCAGAGCACGGCAUCGAGCGCGUCGGCGUCGUGCUGUGCGGCGGCAACGCCGACGUCGACAACCUGCCGUGGGCCACGAGCAAGUAGGCAACGAGCGCGUUGAGUGUUACUUGGGGCGGGCAAGGCCCGAGAGAGCGGCAGCGCAGGGUGAGGCGCAGAUAAAUGCGAGCUUGGCAUC